AUGAAGAGACAGAGGAAGCAAGAGAAGAGGCAGAACGAGAAGAGGAUGCAAGAGACAGACGGAAGAACGAGUAGCAGCGGGAAGAAAGCGAACGAGGAUGAAAGGAAGCGGAUGAAAGAGAAGAGGAUGAAGAGACAGAGGAAGAAAGAGAAGAGGAUGACAGAGAAGAGGACGCAAGCGAAGAGGAAGAAAGAGAAGAGGAUUAGAGCCGCACAGCAGAACCGAGAAGAGGACUUAACGAGAAGAAGGAUAGAAGAGAAGAGGAUGAAGAGAUGA